CUUCCGCUCAUUGAAGACAUUCUCUGCUCCAGGUUUCAGAGAGAAAGAUUUUCAGGUAGCACCGGAUUUUCCUUCUGCAUUCUAGGGUUUCGAGAUGGCUCGUACGAAGCAGACUGCUCGUAAGUCAACCGGCGGCAAGGCUCCGAGGAAGCAGCUCGCAACGAAGGUUUUCUUUUUUUUCCUUCUUUAAUUGAUUCCUUGAUGUUAGCAUUGUGUUCUCUGUCAAUUUUUUUUUUGAUUUCUGGUUCUCAGGCUGCACGAAAAUCGGCUCCGACAACAGGAGGCGUCAAGAAACCUCACAGAUUCCGCCCCGGAACCGUAGCUCUUCGUGAAAUCCGCAAGUAUCAGAAGAGCACCGAGCUUCUGAUCCGGAAAUUGCCAUUCCAGAGGCUUGUUCGUGAAAUUGCUCAAGACUUUAAGACUGAUCUCCGUUUCCAGAGCCAUGCGGUGUUGGCGUUGCAAGAGGCGGCGGAGGCAUACCUUGUUGGUUUGUUCGAGGACACCAACCUCUGCGCCAUCCAUGCCAAGCGAGUUACAAUUAUGCCCAAGGACAUUCAACUUGCUCGUAGAAUUCGUGGUGAGAGAGCUUAAUCUGCUCUGCUGGGAGGAAAAUGAUAGCUAAUGUUCAAUGUUAUACUGGGUGACUUUGUGUUUUGGGAUAUCUUGAUGGGUUAAUCCAAAUACAGUAGGGUCUUUUUUUUCUUCGAUUUUGUACUGAACCCAUUCCAAGUUAAUACAUCAGGUUUUUGAUAAAAGUAGCAUUCUCUUGCAUAUUACGUUAUCAAUAGUGAAUCAAGAUCGAACUCUGGAAUAUGAAAUAAAAGUUGAAAUUUUAUGAAUGAUUAACAAACUAUUAUUAAUUGGGUUCCAUGUUUACCCUGUAAUUGCUACAUGGAGAAGUAUGAUUGAAAAUUUUGAAAGAAGAAAGCUUCCAUCUUGGUUGAUGAGCAAACUAGUUAUGGAGUACAGAAGAAAAGAAACUAGUUCUAACAUGCAAUCCAAAAUUUCUUAUUUGAACUCAUCGCUUUAAAUUGAACAAAUUCCUGAGAAUGCACUUCUCAUUCAAGAGUCAUCUCUGCUAACUUGGACAAAACAGCGGGAAGCACAGCUGCCGCCAUCUACAGAGGACCUGGAAAAGUUCCAUUUUCCCUUUGUUCAUUCCAUCUGUCUAUCUGCCACCCCAAAACAGUAAAAACAAUUAGCUUAAAGUAUAAGAAGGCCACUAAGGAGGUAAAAGCAAAUCUUUCAGGUAUACUACUAUCAGCAGCCAAUGACGGAUUAUUGUCUGCAAGGAAAAUCUUAGACAUUGUUGUUUGAUGGGUAUCAAGCUAUCAAACACCAAGCUUGUGUAACACUGCAAUCCUGGUUUUAAUGCAUGACUCUCUUGAACUAAUGAAUUGCACCUUCCAUC